GCAAUUUUCUUUUUAUUUGAGGGAAGGGUGGGAGAGAAAUUUUUCUAAACGGUUUGAGCAAACAGGGAAAACAUGCCAUAUGAAUAAAACACUGAACUGGAAAAAAAAAAAAAAAAAACUCCGGUAGGUGUUAUGCAAAAGUCCCAUGACCGUUUCAGUGACCACAUCCCUGACCUUGAUCGCUUCACUGACCAUUACCGCUUGCCUCACCAGGAGCGCUACCCUGACCCUCACCAUGACCGCUUGCCUCACCGCUACCCUGACCCUCACCAUGACCGCUUGCCUCACCGCUUCCCUCACCCUCACCAGGAGCGCUUCCCUCACCCUCACCAGGAGCGCUUCCCUCCCCCUCACCAGGAGCGCUUCCCUCCCCCUCACCAGGAGCGCUUCCCUCCCCCUCACCAGGAGCGCUUCCCUCCCCCUCACCAGGAGCGCUUCCCUCCCCCUCACCAGGAGCGCUUCCCUCCCCCUCACCAGGAGCGCUUCCCUCCCCCUCACCAGGAGCGCUUCCCUCCCCCUCACCAGGAGCGCUUCCCUCCCCCUCACCAGGAGCGCUUCCCUCCCCCUCACCAGGAGCGCUUCCCUCCCCCUCACCAGGAGCGCUUCCCUCCCCCUCACCAGGAGCGCUUCCCUCCCCCUCACCAGGAGCGCUUCCCUCCCCCUCACCAGGAGCGCUUCCCUCCCCCUCACCAGGAGCGCUUCCCUCCCCCUCACCAGGAGCGCUUCCCUCCCCCUCACCAGGAGCGCUUCCCUCCCCCUCACCAGGAGCGCUUCCCUCCCCCUCACCAGGAGCGCUUCCCUCCCCCUCACCAGGAGCGCUUCCCUCCCCCUCACCAGGAGCGCUUCCCUCCCCCUCACCAGGAGCGCUUCCCUCCCCCUCACCAGGAGCGCUUCCCUCCCCCUCACCAGGAGCGCUUCCCUCCCCCUCACCAGGAGCGCUUGCCUCACCCUCACCAGGAGCGCUUCCCUCACCAGGAGCGCUUGCCUGACCAGGAGCACUUGCCUGACCAGGAGCACUUGCCUGACCAGGAGCGCUUCCCUCACCAUGACCGCUUCCCUGACCAUGACCGCUUGCCUGACCACUUCCAGAUCCGCUUCCCUCACCAUGACCAUAACUGCUUCCCUGACCGUGACCGCUUCCAUGACCUCUUCCCUGAAUCUCAACUCUUCCCUGACCGGUUGCCUGACCUCUCCCAUUACCGGUUGCCUGACCGAUUCCCUGACUGCUACCCUCACCAUGACCUCUUCCCUGAAUCUCAACUCUUCCCUGACCGGUUGCCUGACCUCUCCCAUUACCGGUUGCCUGACCGAUUCCCUGACUGCUACCCUCACCAUGACCUCUUCCCUGAAUCUCAACUCUUCCCUGACCGGUUGCCUGACCUCUCCCAUUACCGGUUGCCUGACCUCUUCCCUGACUGCUACCCUCACCAUGACCUCUUCCCUGGCCUCUUCCCUGAAUCUCAACUCUUCCCUGACCGACUGCCUGACCUCUCCCAUUACCUCUCCCCUGACCGGUUGCCUGACCUCUCCCAUUACCUCUUCCCUGACCUCUUGCCGUUGGGCAACAUUUCUCUCCCUCUCCCAUUACCUCUCCCAUUACCUCUCCCAUUACCUCUCCCAUUACCUCUUCCCUGA